AUGGAUGGGAGGGACAAUUUCGUGGAACCAAAUCACCUCAAUCCCGCCAUUUUUGACUGCGACAGCAUUCUGCUGGCGGGGUUCAAGGACUUGGAGGAGGUGCACUCAUGGUGGGCCUCAGAUCAGGUCUUUGAGCUCCUCAAGGGCCGGGACACCAUGGAGAAGAUGAGCCUCCAUACUAUGGAUGGCUUGGUGGAGGCGUUCGAAGGCAGCAAAAAGCGAGCUGCCCUUGGCGACAAGCUGCUUUUGUUGGAAAUAGCUCAGAUGGACUCCUUUAAGCCGAUGCAGCGCUAUGUUGAUAUGUACAAAACCAAAGCCAUCAAGGCUCCAAAAGACAUCGGCACAAUUUGCAACUUACUUUUUGCAGAAGGAAUUAGCGGGGUGCUCAUCAAUGAGUUCCCUGUACAGGUCGCAUGUGCUUCGUGCUGGCGAACAAGAUCAGACUUGCUAUCCUGGUACGAAGCUCCAGGCUAUCAGAAGGAGCUCGUGCCAAUGAGAUAUGCUGCUGCGCGGACCUUGACGCUGGUCGUGCCCAUGUGGGAAGAGAAAAAGGAGACUUUUGAAUACACAAAGCGCAGAGGGUCUGUGGCCGCAGGGCUAAAGCUGAGAAGCUUAAACCUGACAAGCUGA